CAAUCCGUGGGGAGAAUUGGGCCCUGUUGAUGAAUACAAGAUUGCGCAGCAUUUUUGCUACAUCAGUUGCACUGCACACCCUGGUGGUCCUUCCUUUGUGUGCAUUCUAAGCCUCUCCUGUCUUCCUCUUGUCGUGUGUGGCUUCACUUCUCUUCAGAAGCCUGUCGAGCUUUUUUAUUUCCAUAAUAAGAAUCCAAUUUUAUCGGCAACUCGCUCACCUCCUCCUCAGCAGCCAUGAAUGAUCACGGAGAAGGAAAAGUGUGCUGUGAUUUCCAUCCGGAGGAAAUAGUUAUAGGGGUGUGUGCUCAUUGUUUGAAGAAGAGGCUUCUUGUGCUGGCCUCAAAGCAAGGCCAACUUGCUAGUGUGCCCAAGAAGGCCAUCAAAUUCUCUUCCAGAGCCAUGAGGAGGAAGCACAUCAUUAGAAUUCCUAAAGUCCUCGCUCUGGCCGGACCCUUCCUGUAUCGGCUCGAUUCGCGGUACCGGAGAAGCAAGGAUGAUUCUGAGAAUGAUGAGGAAGGUUCAGAUGAUGGUAAUGAAGACUCCUUUAUCUCUGUAAAAUUUGACGAUAACGGGUGUGCUCGGUGGGACACCAAGGAAUCCCAUUCAACUGGAACUUCUACUAUCACCAACAUCAGAAGUGAAACAAACAGAAACAAGCACAUGGUGGUGGCAAAAGCUAAGAAGAGCAACACUUUCAAGUGGAAGAAGAGACUCAGGCAACUCCUACAGCUGACGCAACCGAAGAAGGCGAACGACAAGAUCCGCUCGCAUUUAGGCUUCGGCAGCAAGGUGGAAGGGUCCAAGGGGAGGAGAGGGUGGGUAAUCAGGAGCCUAAUAAGGAGGAAGACCACCAAGAGGCAGUCAAGACCUUGAAGAGUUAUAUUUUCAUCAGCUUGUUGUGCAAUAUGUGUGUGCAUGUUUUGUGGACACAGGAGAUCAUAUCUGUACACUGCAAACUAGUAAACUUUCAAAUGGUUUUGAUGAUCUCUGAUAGAU